AUGGCCCCAUUCAUACGCUUGGAUAAACAAGACAUGCGUCGUAGAUUUGUAAGGCCGAAGUUGCGAUGGACAGAUUUCUUAGCCUAUUACGCCAAGAAAAUAUUUGAAGGUGCGAAACUGUAUGGCAGGGGCAUGGAGUAGAGACGUAUGGCGGUUACUGUGUUUAGGAAUCCAGGAGUCUUUAUGGGUAGUACUCUUAAUGUACUCCAGGACUCCUAA